AUGGGUUGCGGAAUGAGUACCACACAACUCAGUGAAUCUUUUAAUGCUUUUUUGAAGGAUUACAUUUGUUCUGGUUUUAAUUUAUAUGAAUUCUUCAUGCAUAUUGAAAGAGUACUUUAUGAGAAGCGAUACAAAGAGUUAGAAGUAGGAUAUGCUUUAUGCCAAAAGUUGCCAAAGGUGAAAGCGACAAUAAUAAUGUUAAUUCAAAUGGGUAAUGUGUACACAAAAAAGAUUUUUGAGGAGUUCCAAAUUGAGUACUUUCGUUCCAUUGAAUCGGACAUAGAAGCAAUUAAAUCUGGUGAGGCUUGUACUAUAUACACAAUUGUUAAUGUUGCUGGGAAACAUGCAAGGAAAAUGAAGAUGGAGAGGGAUGACACUUUGGGUUGUAAUUGUACAAAGUUUGAAAGGGAAGGAAUUUUGUGUUGUCAUUCUUUGAAGGUUAUUAGAGGCAUAUUGAAGAUGAAAGAGGUUCCUUCACAAUACAUUCUAAAGAGGUGGACCAAACAAGCAAGAGCCGAAACUGUGAAGGACAUUAAGGGGAAUGACAUUCAAGUAGAUGUGAAAUUCCAACAAGCCUCGCGAUAUAAGACAUUGAUCACCGCAUUUAAAGCAAUAACAUGUAGAGAUGCUGAAGCUGAAGAAACUUAUGAUUUUUCAAAUGCACAACUCGCUACAUUAGGUGCAAAUGUUGAAAGGAAGUUAAGUGCUCAUUUUGUUGUUGAAAAUGAAGUAAGUAAUCAUGGUGAAAUCCAAAGCUUUGAAGUGGAUUACGAAGAUGAGAAUCAUGUUGUGCAACCAAAAGAAUUGAGAAAAAAAGUGGUAACUAGUAAAGGCAAAAGAAGGGUAAAAGGUGGAUUCGAAGCGCCGUUGAUAGUGAACUCCAAAAAAAAAUCCCGUGCUAACAGCUUGGCUUCUUAA